GUCCAACAAUGUUUUGGUUCCUGACCAUGACGUAAUACACAAAAACAUGGUUCCCUUGUUUUGAAGCGUAAAGCGUGCUAAGUGCCUCGCCGACUUUACUACGCACGAGGAUGCUUCCCCAAAACUGAGAGGCUGCAAAGCGAUCCCCGCAGAGACGAUGGCCGAGUCCGCGGAGACGUGUGCUGAAACCGGACGGAGGCUGCGCUCCAUCUGCCGGAGGAUGUACGACGAGAACGAGGAUCUAUCUGACGUGGAGGAAAUCGCAAACAUCAGAGGCUUCAGCUUGGAGGAAAAGCUUGCCAGUGAUCGCUACAACGCCGAUUUUGUCCACCUAAUGCAGGGCAGAGACUUCACCUAUGAAUACGUGCAGAGGGAGGCCCUCAGGAUACCACUUAUCUUUAAAGACAAAGAUGGAUUAGGGAUAAGAAUGCCUGAUCCGGAAUUCACAGUCAGUGAAAUAAAAGGAUUAGUCGGUAGUCGCAGGUCUGUGGACGUCAUGGACGUGAGCACUCAAAAAGGCUCCGAAAUGAGCAUGGCUCAGUUUGUGCGUUAUUACGAAACACCAGAGGAAGAGCGCGACAAACUCUUCAAUGUCAUCAGCUUAGAGUUCAGCCACACUAAGCUAGAGCAUCUCAUCAAGCGGCCCACAGUGGUGGAUCAGGUUGACUGGGUGGACAACAUGUGGCCUCCUGAUCUGAAGCACAGCCAAACAGAAGCAACCAACAUUAUUUCAGAGAUGAAGUACCCCAAAGUGCAAAGGUACUGUUUGAUGAGUGUAAAGGGCUGCUACACAGACUUUCACAUUGAUUUCGGAGGAACUUCAGUUUGGUAUCAUGUAUUCAAGGGACAGAAAGUUUUCUGGCUUGUGCCUCCAACCCCACAUAACCUUGCACUGUAUGAGGACUGGGUCCUUUCAGGCAAGCAGAGUGACAUCUUCCUGGGAGACCGAGCGGAUGGAUGCCAGCGAGUGGAGCUGAAACAAGGAUACACCUUCUUCAUCCCGUCUGGUUGGAUCCAUGCUGUUUACACUCCCGUGGACACACUAGUGUUUGGAGGCAACAUUCUGCACAGCUUUAACAUCCCUAUGCAGUUUACUAUCCACGAGAUAGAAAACAGGACCAAGGUUCAUUCGAAAUUUCGUUUCCCAUUUUACUACGAGAUGUGCUGGUACGUCCUGGAGCGAUACCUGCACUGUCUGACCAAACGGUCCUACCUUACUCAGGAGAUCCAUAAGGAGCCUCUCGACUAUGAGACAAAGACAAAGACAGAGAGCCUUUCUUCGGACUCCAGGAGUCAGGACAUUAACGACGACUCCUGCGAACCUCCAGCCAGGGACGGCCAUGGAGAAAAAAUGGAACGACUUGCCGGAGAUGGGCCCUGCUCGCCUGACAACGUCAAGGGCGCGCUCCUCAAAGCUGUUUUAUCCGUCGACUCUGAGGACAGCUGUAAUCCUGGCUCCACCUCUCUGGAUUUCCCCAAAACCCCCUCAGAUUCUCCAGGCUCCGAGUGUCAGAGCAAGUGGACUCACUUGACACAGCAUGAGCUGAUUGGGCUCGGUACACUGGUGGAGAAACUGGAGUUACUCCCUGAAAAUAAAAAAUGUGUUCCGGUGGGGAUCGAGUCCCCUCAGGCCCUCCUGGAUGACAUGAAGGUUGUCCUUAAGGAACAUGCUGAUGAUGACCCAAAGUUAGCGCUCACCGGGGUUCCUGUUGUGUUAUGGCCUAAGAAAGAGUUAAAGCCCCGGCCUCCUAACCGGCCGAAACCUAAGAUGGCAGCGUCUCCUGCAUCAGCAGUCAAGCUGUCGGCCAGCCGGGGGACGUCUGGUGCCAGGAGAAGAAGGACGCGCUGCCGAAAGUGCGAGGCGUGCCUACGGACGGAGUGCGGAGAGUGCCACUUCUGCAAAGACAUGAAGAAGUUUGGAGGGCCGGGGCGGAUGAAGCAGUCCUGCAUCAUGAGGCAGUGCAUUGCACCUGUCCUGCCCCACACAGCAGUGUGUCUCGUCUGUGGAGAAGCUGGAAAGGAGGACACGGUGGAGGACGAGGAGGAGAAGUUUAACCUGAUGCUCAUGGAGUGCUCCAUCUGUAACGAGAUUGUUCAUCCAAACUGUCUAAAGGUUAAAGAUUCAAACGGAUUGGUCAAUGAUGAGCUGCCAAACUGCUGGGAGUGUCCAAAGUGUAACCACGCGGGAAAAACUGGGAAAGCCACAAAGCAAAAAAGGGGGCCAGGAUUUAAGUAUGCGUCGAACCUCCCCGGCUCCCUUCUUAAGGAACCACGGUUAAACCGAGACUCAAAGGACGAGCCUGAGCCACCGCCGCCGGUGGUGAUCUCUGCGAGCGUUACUUCGCUGACGACCACGUCUGCUGUCAAACGGAAAGCGGAGCGGGAAGUAUCUUCUAAGAAGAACGACGAGGAGCCUCCAAAGAAACGUCUGCCCCUGCUAGCUCUGGAUAGUUUGCCACGAACACGGCUUGAAGAUAAUCCGUUAAGGAAGAAAAGGAAACUGUUUGACACAAGUGAUGAACCAAUUAUGUUGAAAAAGAAGAAAAAGCUUUUAAAACCAGACGAUCAAUUUAGUCCAAAGCUUUUGCAACAAAUCAAGACUGAGAAUGACCACGGGGAGGAAGAUGAAGGACAAUGGGAUCAUGAAAAAGAUGUCUUGACUUUAGACAGAAUGCAUUUUAAAAGGAUAAACGAGUAUGACAAUGAGGCGCAAGAUGAGGACACAGAGGAAGAGGAGGCUGCAAUUAAAGAGAGAGACUGUGCUUCACACGACAAGGCCAAGGCACUCAUAAGUCCUCUCCUGAGAACAUCCUCCGUCAGAGAAGGUGACCAUUCGUCCUCCAACUCUCCCAGAGCUGGACCGAGCAGCGAGUCAGGAGAUGGCCAGGAGAAGAGCUCUGCCCAGCUUAAAGCCCGCCAUCAGCGCCGGCGCUUCCCAAACAAAGGACCGAGCAAAGAGUUCAGCCAAGAGAUUCUCAAGAUGGAGGAUUCUCUGAGCAACCCGAAGCACGGUGCAGAGAAGGCGGAGAACAACGCUCACUAUCGCAGGCCACUGAAAAAUGAAGAUUCUGUGGCCAAUCAGAACUGCAAACCUAUGAAAACCGAAGACACUCCGAAUCGAAGAGCUCCCAAACUGGAGGACGGUGUGGCAAACUACCACCGGCAGCCGCUGAAAACGGAAGACUGCUCCGACAACCAGAACCACAGUCCAGUAAAGGCCGAGCCUAGGAGUGAAGCGGACGAGCAGAAGCCAAGGUGGCCUCUGAACAACGGCAGCAGCGACCUGGGUGACUGGCUGAGGCACAGGGGGCGGGAGGUAAACGGGACCCCGCGUGGUCACUCCCCACUGGGCUGGAGCCGAAGCACGCCGAUAGCGCCGUUAUGUCCGCGUCCGCUCCCCCGCCACUCACCCCCAAAGUGCGUUCAGAUGGAGCGCCACGUCAUCCGACCCCCUCCCAUCAGCCCCCCGCCCGACAGGCUGCCGCUGAACGACGGCGAAGCGCACGUGAUGCGGCGGGAGGCGUGGAUGAAAGUGUUCAGUCACCUCGCUCACAGGGAUCUCUGCGUCUGCAUGCGUGUCUGCAGAGCGUGGAACAGAUGGUGCUGCGAUAAAAGACUCUGGAAGCAUAUCAGCCUGAACCGCUGCAAGUCGAUCACGCCCCUGAUGCUGAGCGGGAUCAUUCGGAGGCAGCCGGUAGCUCUGGACCUCAGCUGGACCAACAUUUCCAAAAAGCAGCUCAGCUGGCUCAUCAACAGACUUCCAGGUCUGCGUGUGUUGCUUCUGUCGGGAUGCUCUUGGGUUGCCGUCUCUGCCCUGUGCACUUCCAGCUGUCCUCUGCUGCGAACGCUGGACGUUCAGUGGGUCGAGGGACUGAAAGAUGCCCAAAUGAGAGACUUACUGUCGCCCCCUACAGAUAACAGACCAGGUCAGUUAGACAACAGGAGUAAGCUGCGUAACGUGGAGGACCUCCGGCUAGCUGGGCUGGACAUCACCGACACGUCUCUGUGCCUCAUCAUCCGUUACAUGCCUCUGCUAUCGAAGCUGGACCUCAGCUAUUGCAACCACGUCACCGACCAGUCCGUCAACAUCCUGACUGCCGCAGGGACGACUACCAGAGACUCGCUCACUGACGUCAACCUGUCAGUCUGUAACAGGGUCACCGACCAGUCGCUGACUUAUUUCAAACGCUGUGGAAGCAUCUGCCACAUCGACCUGCGAUACUGCAAACAGGUGACCAAGGAGGGCUGCGACCAGUUCAUCGCCGAGAUGUCAGUCAGCGUCCAGUUUGAGCUGAUCGAGGACAAACUGCUGCAGAAGAUCAGCUAGGCAUUGGCGCGGCCCUGCGUUAAAGGCACCGUCCACUAGGAGGCAGCAGACGACCGUGGGCUGGCUGAACAGAACUGACACAAGAUGGUAAAUAUGUCCGAAAAGCGACGUGCUGCUGAGCCAGAAUGUAUAAACGGAGGUCUCCCGCAGCCAUGCAAUAUGUUUCGCAAAUAUUUUUGUUGUUGCAGCUCUUUAUGACUUAUUUAUUGAUAAACUCUUUGUGUAUCAUAUGACAGCUAUCCCUUGGUGUUUAGACUAUUUUGCUCUAAUGCAAUAACCUUUGCAUUAUAAAUCAGUAUUUUUGUAUCAGAAAGUCUUUCAUACAUUUACGUGCAGCAUAAAAUGCACCAGUGUACAGUAUCGUAUCGCCAGAGUAAAGGAGAGAAGAUAAUCAUUUGGCACUCAUGUUAAGCUCGAUGGAGUUAAAAGAAAAAUGUCGGAUUUGUUGGAAGGUAAUUAGUAGUUGUGCGUUUUUUUUUUUUUUUUUUUUUACACUUUAUUAAACGUGCCUGGAUCUGUUUUCUUUUCCUAAUAUUCAAAGGCUACUGGAAAAAUGUUUUCCAAUAUAAAGAGCAUAUUUGGAUCAGGUACUGUACCUGUAUGUAUGUUUCAAAGCUUAAAACUUAUUUGCACUCAUGAGGUCAAUAUGAAUACAUGAAUGUAUUCCUGCGUACGCUACUUUGUACAGUGUAUAAAUCCUAUUUUUCCAACACUAAAACGUUCCGCUGAGUACUUUUCCGGACUGCUUGUAUUUCACGCGGCUACUCUGCAUAAAGACGUCAAGGAGCAGUAACUCCUCCGCCAUCUUCUUUAUCGGUGCUUUGUAGAGGGAAGCGUUUUUUUAGCUCUGCAUGCAGCAAAUAAAUGUUUACAUUCAUCUGUAGAUUUAAUAAUACUUUAACAAUGUUACCUGUCUGCCUAAUCUAGGCCUUAUAGUGGCGCUUCAUAGGAUUAAAAAACCUGUGCUGAAUGCAAAAAAAACAUAAUCAGCAAAGACGGAAAAACUGAAAUGAAAAUGAAGACUAUCAUAUUAAAUAAUAAUAAUAAUAAUGAUAAAAACAACAAACCACUUUUUCUUCCUUUUUUAUACCAAAAUUGUGUUUAUUCUGGCAGAUUUAUUGUCCGUCUGCUGGAGUUGAAGCUUUUAAAUAAAGCAUCAUAAAAUGACACUGAAUAUUCUGUCUUCUGCUAAAUUUGACAGCCAGGCACAGUGGUCUGAGGAUAAGCUUAAGGUUUUAGUUUCUAUUGUUUUUUUACUUUGAAAAUGAAGACAGGAGACACAUUAAUACCUAAUAUGUAGGCUGAGAUUUAUAAAGAGAAAUCAAAGUUAAAUACUUCCUUAUUUGUAACAUUUUACAGAAGUGUUUUUGAAAUUGUUUUUGGUUUUAAACACUGAAGAAUUUUUAUUUUCAUUCGAAAUGUACUAUUUUUUUAAAAUGAGUCUUGUUUUAUUGGGAAUGAAAAAACUUUAUAAAAUGGCAGUCCAUGUUUACAGUUGACAAAAGUGAUUUGUUUUAAUUGAAAGACUGUGUCUUCAUGGGAAUCUUUGUACAUUACCUCAGAUCAGUCUAUCUGUACAAAACAUACAUGUAAAUCUUAUUAAAAAAAUCUUUGAUAUAUUAAAUUCACUACAGACACUGA